UGCCCCCCUCCUCGUCCUCCUCCCGAAAUGUGAAUGAAAAGAGAAAAAAAAACUAACGUUAAAACGCGACAUUUUGAGCGUUUUCGUGAGGAAACAGUGGCCGAGUGGAGCGGACGAGCGAAAACAGUCGGGCGAAAGUGUCCGCGUCGCUGUGCCGGAGGAGCGGUGGGCGGUGAAAGCGGUUGAUUGAUGAUUAGAUUUACGGUGUGGAUCACGGCGGGGAGAGAGGAUGACUCACUCCGUCUGAUGUGAUGUUCACCCCGCAACAGCUCGGCAGUGCGGUGGCACGCCGGUAGUUGAGCCUCACGGAUCGGGCGGCGAGCUCCACCGAUAGCAGCCAAACUUUAUCAAACUGCUACCAUGCGUGUGGAAGCCUCCCAGAUCCGGGCGUUUGUUUGAAACUUGCUGUCACUCGGUUAGUUGGCGAGACAUCGAGAGAGCGUCGUGAUUUACCGUAAAUUUCGUGACGCCUGAUUGCCAUGGAAACUGCGCUGAAGGGAAAGUGUCCGUGUUAACUUCAGCAUCAACCUUUUCCAACGGGGGUCGGAUAAAAAAAUAAAAAAAAAAACUGUUGGAUAUCUCAUUGUUUUCUUUCUGGUGUCUCCUCCUCUGGCUUUACUUUUCCUCUGUAAUUUCACCACAAAGCAGGUGACAACGGACGAUGGAGCUUCAGACAGAGAAGAGGUUCCACAACUUGACCCUUGAGCAACUUCAGGCUCUCGACAAAGUCUUGACGGAGGUAAUCCCCAUCCAUGGGCGAGGAAAUUUUCCCACACUGCAGGUGAGAGCCAAAGACAUCAUUCGUGUUGUGAAAGAUCGGCUGGUUGAAAGAGACAUCCAGGUUAAAGACAUACGCCUUAAUGGAGCGACGGCCAGCCACGUCCUGGUGAGAGAUAACGGCCUGGGCUACAGAGACUUGGACAUAAUUUUUAGAGUGGAGCUGCCCAGACAGGAGGACUUCCAGGUGAUUAAGGAGGUGGUGCUGGGCAGCCUGCGAGACCUCCUCCCUUAUGGCGUCAACAGACGGAAGAUCACCUGCCUGACAAUGAAGGAAGCCUACGUGCAAAAGAUGGUGAAAGUUUUCAAUGAGCACGACAGAUGGAGCCUCAUCUCGCUUUCUAACAACAGAGCUAAAACGGUGGGGCUCCGAUUUGUUAGCUCCCUUCGCAGGCAGUUUGAGUUCAGCGUGGACUCCUUCCAGAUAAUAUUAGAUCGUAUGCUGGAGUCCUACUGGGAGACUGAAAGGAAACAAGGAGGAAGGCUGGCACUGAAUGCUGGGAAUUUGUCUAAAAGAGACAACCAGAACGAAAAUAAAGCACAGCAGCAAUCAAGCAAUCCUCAGGAUGUUGACAAAGAUGUUGAAAAAGAUACAGCAAUGGCAACCAAUGCAGAGAGUCUGUGCCAGGAUGAAGCAGUUUCUGUGCUUGAGAAUGAGCUUCCACAUGCAGAGACAGAGCAUGUCGAUGAUGAUCAUGAGGUGCAGCAGGUGUCAGAACCUGAAGGAACGAAAUUACAAAGGGAAGAAGAGGAUGGCAUUGAGGACGUUCAUUCAGAGGAGGACAUUGUGUUUGAGUUAUGUGAAGAAAACGGAGAAGAUAAAGGACAAAAUCACAGUGAUUAUCCUUUAGUUGCAUCUCCUAAAACUUUAUUUCCAGAUGCAAGUUUAAAACUGCAGAAUAAUGAAGAUUUGUGUGAGUCACAAGCUUCCCAGCCUGUGCCUAUAAUGCACACGGAGACGUCAGUUCCACAAGAAAUGUCCCAUUGUAAAGAAAUUACUCAGUUCAAAGUAGACUCAGUAAUCUGCAAGACUGAAAUUACCAUAAGCCAACAAGAUUCACAUAAUGAGUUCUCCUUUCCUCCUCCAGCUAAAAAGACUUGCAGCACCUCACAGGACAUUGUGCCAGACUACUGCCCUUCACCGAAGCUACAAAGAAAAAUGUCACGGAAGUUGAUCAGCAAACCUGAAAAAUGGUCUUUACUGACUGAUUUGUCAGACCUUACAACACAGCUGUUUCCACCCAUAGAGAUACCGAAACCACUUCAGCCAAAACCUCCUUUGCCGGAUAGUGCUAAUGAUUCAAAUGUACCAGACGGCAAGACGGAGAACGUUGAGGGUUCGGACGCCCUCGCAGAGCCCACACAGUGUCCAGCCAGUACGCUUCAGGAAGGGACUGGCUCUAGUGAAACUGUAGAACAAUCUGUUAAGCCAAAACAUUCAAAGAAGCCUCCUGAUUCAGAGACUCAGAUCCACACAUGUACAGCAAACGUAGCCUCACAGCCUCAAGUAGAUGAGCAAAAACCUGGACUGGCGGAUGAUGUCCCAAACAGCUAUGGGUCAAGCUCAUGGGUCGGGGCAGCAGGGGAACCAACCAUCACUGUGGAGGCUGAGUGCAUGUACGGAGACUUCGAGCAGGCUAUGGAUCACCUCCGCCACCGCCUCAUCGCCACCCACAACCCAGAGGAGAUCCGAGGAGGGGGUCUGCUUAAAUACAGCGACCUGCUGGUGAGGAACUUCCGGCCAGCAAGCGAGACCGAGAUCAAAUCCUUGGAGCGAUACAUGUGCUCCCGCUUCUUCAUCGACUUCCCCGACGUGAGCGAGCAGCAGCGGAAGAUCGAGGCCUACUUGCAGUGCCAUUUUAUUGGCAACGAGGAGACGAGCAAGUACGACUAUUUGAUGACCCUGCGACGCGUGAUAGAUGAGAGCACGGUGUGUUUGAUGGGACACGAGAGGAGACAGACGCUCAAUAUGAUCACAGUCCUGGCUUUGAGGGUGCUGGGCGAGCAGAACGCCAUCCCCAACACAGCCAACGUUACCUGCUUCUACCAGCCGGCUCCAUAUAUGACCGAGCCUAUUUACAACAGCUACUUCAUCACUCAGGCUCAGCCCCCGCUCGUCUACCACCCCUACCCCCUACACGUGCACAUGCAGACUGGCCUGGUGUAGCUACAGUGAUAUGCCCACAGGGAGGCAUGCAGGCUGCUUUUAGCAUGGUGCUCUGCAAGCAGAGGCACAAAUGGAAGUUUUAGCGACAACAGGCAACCAUGGGCGCAGUGUUGUUUAAUGUUUUGAAAUCCCUCCUGAUUAUGACGUGAAAGAUAAUGAAAGUCCGAACUGAAAGGGGUCUGGAGGCGAAGCAUAUGUCACCGUUUCAAGAUGAACACUUUUGAAAAGGAAAGAAAUGUGAGGAGCCCACUUCUCCGAAAGCUUGUAGAGAGGAUUUUGUGGAAGAUGAUGGACUUUUCAGCUCAGAUUUGGAGGAGAUCUGUACUGAUCACUGUCCCCUUUUGAGGAGAAUGUUGUAAUGUCUCUAUGGCUGGACGAUAAUCCAACAUAUAAAACAUAAUCUAUGAAACACCUGUUGACAAUGGAAAUAUCAGUUUGGUUAAAGUUUGAGUCACGUUAAAUCUUUCUGAGGGGUUAAAACCCCAUUUAGCUGUUUUGUAGUCAUCGGUCUGUAGAGUAAACUUCAACAUGUGGCUACCUGUGUAUUCACUGUACAGAAAUAGAACACCAUUUACUGAGGGAAUACUGUGGACACAGUCUCCUGUGGUAUUUCCAUGAUAUCGUGAGUUCUGUAUUUGUGAAUGUAAACACCCUCAUUUCAGUGAGUUCAAUGGUUUAGAGCCAUAAGGGACUGUGCAAAAAAUAUUGGGCUAAAAAGCAAAACCUUGGACAUUAAAGCCCCUGAAAACUUACCUGACCUUCUUUUCAAACAAAAAUUUGAGUGAAAGUUUGGGGGGAAAAAAAAUCAAUCUCUUAUCCCACAUAUGAUCCAUCGCUUUUUUUCCAUUCUAACUUCUUCAUUCGAAGGGUGUUAAAUACUACCAUUUUGUCAAGACUACAGGCAUCUCAGCAGCAACAACAACAACAGAAAGAUAAAUCAUAUACCAGAGGGUUGUACUACAGUGGGAGAUGAGUGGGUUAGCUAGGUAUGUUUUCAGUAUCACAAUAGUGGCUCUCUUUUAGGCUGCUAGAUCUCCAUUGUAUCUUAUGCUUUCCAUAUGACCCAUUAUCUCUGACUGGGGUUGCAUGUUUAGCUGAACCAGCUCACACACACGGAAAGCCUGGCUUUGUUAAACUUGCUGCGUGGUACAGCCUUAAGGGGACCUUUAGCCUUGAUACCACCCACGUCUUCAUUCGAUGCCCAUAGACAUAUACGAGUUUUUCAGUUUAAAGUUCCUCUCCAGUCAUUGAUUAAACCCCUAAAAACUAAUCUCUGUGCAUCAGAGUUACAUCUUCAGAAGUUUACUUCUAUAAAAAUAAUCCUCCUUUACUGUGGUUUUUAUACAGGAAGCUCCACCCUGCAAACUGACAGGAUUUGUUCCUUAUGUUUGUUAUGUAUGAAACUCUGGAAGUCUAACUCUGUGUUAUUGAGACUGCCGUGCGUACACUGAAGUUUCAAGUCAGAAAUACUCAGCCAUAGGGUUCCCUGCUUAUUUUGUUUAUGAUGUGUCUUCCAACAUUAAAAAAAACAGCGUAUGGACAUGUUAAAAAAGGUAAAAACAUUAUUUUCAUCAGAAAGGUCUCUUCAAAAGAUCCUCAUAAGGAGGCCAGGUCACAGAACUUUCAUCCAGAAUAUUGAGGUUUGUAUGCAUUUGUUCAACCCUUGUUUUUCAUUUAGUACCAUUUGAUACUGUGACUUAAGUCUCGAUUUUACUCACUGUCUUGUUAAAUUUAAGCACGAAAAUUACUUGGUUAAGUUCAGAAAAAGAUUGGGACUUUGGUUAAAAUGCACCCUUUUGCAACAUUAGCCACGAUGUUACAUUCAAACUUCUCACAGUCACAACACCAGCAGAGAACAUGUAGUUACGGACUCAUGACUUCUAUUUCUAAUGUUCUGAGAUUUUUAGGUAUCUAGCAGACUACCCUACAUGUUAGAAAAAGUCACACCCAAGAGUACCAAGUCCGGUCUAAUGUGACGCCAAAAGUUUAGUAGAAGUUGAAGGUGAACCUCAUUCACACUAUUGUUUGUUUGCAGUUUUGUUUCCAGUCCCUGGAACCUCCUUCCCAUUCACAUUGUUCUAUUUCUUAAAGAUGGCAAGCUGGGAUGGAAUGGUGACUAACGCCCAGUCUGUCAUGUGUCUUCGCCAAGUCAUAGCAUGAAUUUCUGCCUCCAUAAUAUGACACACUGACCAUCUUAUCAGACAAUAAAUGCUGUGGAGUCUUGAUCUGAUUCACUGGACAAGAAGAAUUAGAAAACCACCCAGAAACUGGCAACAGAUCUUGAUUCAAAUGUCGCAAAUGUUGCUUUGGAGUAACACAACCUUUCAUGUAGGAUCUCAUUAUUCAUACUAAAAAUGCUCAUAUAGAAAAUAGGUUUUCAGGAUCUUUGGUGCUUUAUUUUGAAAACAUGUGUAUUAAUGUAAUCAUUUAUCUUAACUACGUAAUCAAUAAAGAAGGUAGAAAUAAAAUACCCUCCAUUUUUCCUGGCCUCACUCUUCACCUAAUAAUUUUCCAACAGUCCCUUACAAUAUUAACCAAGCCUUUGAUCACAACCAGUGACCGAUGUUAUCGUAUUAGGAGGUGUUGAGUUGUACUUUUGUGUUGUAAUCAUUUUGAACUAGUGCAAAAUUCUGAACUUGAAGCCAUGUCCAUAUAUCAGUGAAUUUACCUGCAUUUUACCAGAUAAAUUCUCCAACCUUUUAUCAGAGAACAUCACAAGGAUUUGCCUUCUUCUAAAAUUAUAGAUAAACUUGAGAACUUGUUCACAAAUCCAGACUGAACAGCUGAAAAUACAGAGCAUGUUCAAUCCCAGUUGCUCCUUCGGCCGUCCCAGGCUGAAUAGACUUUCUGUAUGUGUUACAUGGUGACAGUUAUUUGUUGUAGUGGACGAAGUGAAUGUACGUUCUGUCGGGGUUCUGCCUGCCAUUGUGUGCAAAAAUGUUACUGCUCAUUUUAAUUAUUUAAGCUGUCUACAAUGCAACCAGGAGUUACUGCACUCUGUCCCUGUGUGUUUGUUCACUGCAUUGUAAUGUAUUCAGUACAAGAAAAAAAGUCCAUUUAAGCACAGGUUAGGAUAUGUGAGCUCUUCACACCAUGUCUGAGACUGAAGCACAAUGUUAAUGCAUUUAGAUGUUGUCGAGUAAUGAAGGUGUUUUAAUUGCUUGUGAUUCUCCAACUAAAUAUUGAAGACAUCUAAAAUACUGUAGUGCCCUGUGUAGCUUUCAAGUGGUUGUAUCUAUCUUAUCUUUAGACUCUGGGUUUGUUGUGUAUUGUUAAGGAACUGUUAUGCUCGUAGAGAAACUCACAUAUCCCUGUAAUGAUAUCCAGUUGCUCAGAUUGUUGUGUUAUUGUGGUAAUAAAUAUAACACAACC